CGCUCUGUUCACAGUCAGACUUCGUUCAAAUCUCAAAGAAAACGGGUGUUCGGACUCGAACGCUCUGCCUUUAAUAUAAUUUUGUUUGUAUUCAUACAACGGGGAAAAAAGUGUGGUAGGAAAAAAUCAUCGCAAUACUGAAGUGUUAAAGCGCAAUUUUAAAAGUGUUUAUCUAAACAAAAAGUACAAAACGAAAGAAAAGUUCAAACAAAUAAAUGUAUACAAAGUGUUUUAAGUAUCACUCCCAAAUCUACCACUUUCGGACAUUUUUCAAGUUUGGUAUAGCGCAUUUAAGUGAUUUCAAGUAACUUGUGCACCUCUAUUAUCAACGGCCUCUGCAGCGACAUCCUUUAACGCUCUUCAACGUCCUUCAAGUCCUACGAAGCGUGUAAAAAAGUUAUUGAGUUCUAACAAAAAAUUUCCAAGUCAAGUACAUAUCAAAUUUAAUUCAAAAUAUGUCUUUACGUUGUGUCGGCCUAUUUAUCAGCAAGGAGCUUACGGCCUCCUCUCAGCUGGCAUCACAAUUUCGCAACCUUAAUAUGACCUCUGUGCGCCAGGCACAUUUUCUUAAGAAUUCGCCUAAUGCAGCGCUCAGCAAGACAUUAUUGGAUCGUUAUCGCAGCCUAGAAACUCCAAGUGAUCGCGUUCAGGCCACUUACCUUUGGAUCGAUGGUACAGGCGAGAAUAUCCGUUUGAAGGACCGUGUUUUAAAUAAAAUUCCCACCGGUAUCGAAGACCUACCCAAUUGGCAAUAUGACGGCAGCUCGACUUAUCAAGCUUCUGGUGAAAAUUCGGACGCCACUCUUAUUCCACGUGCCAUCUACCGUGAUCCCUUCAAGCCCGGCAAGAACGACAUUAUUGUGAUGUGUGACACUUACACAGCCGAUGGUAAGCCCACGCCCUCUAACAAACGUGCUGCCUGCCAGGAGGCCAUGGAUAAGGUCAGCGAUCAAGAACCAUGGUUCGGUAUAGAACAGGAAUAUACUUUGCUUGAUAUUGAAGGUCGUCCUUUCGGUUGGCCCGAGAGUGGUUUUCCCGCUCCCCAGGGGCCUUACUAUUGCGGUGUAGGAGCUAACCGGGUAUACGCUCGUGAUUUAGUUGAAGCACACGCCGUUGCUUGCUUGUAUGCUGGUAUCGAAUUUGCCGGCACCAAUGCCGAAGUCAUGCCCGCACAAUGGGAGUAUCAAGUAGGCCCCUGUGUUGGCCUCAAAGCUGGCGAUGAUCUUUGGGUAUCGCGUUACAUUUUGCAGCGCAUUGCUGAAGAAUACGGUAUUGUCGUCACAUUCGAUCCCAAGCCCGUGGACGGACCGUGGAAUGGUGCUGGCGCCCAUCACAACUUCUCCACCAAAGCGAUGCGUGCUGACGGAGGCAUGAAAGCUAUAGAGGAAUGCAUCAAGAAGCUGAGCAAACACCAAGAGCGUCACAUUCGGGCCUACGACCCUAAGGAAGGUAAAGACAAUGAGCGUCGUUUAGUUGGUCGCUUGGAAACUUCAAGCAUCGACAAGUUUUCUUGGGGCAUAGCGAAUCGUGGCACCAGCGUCCGCAUUCCACGUGGUGUAGCCACUGCUGGCAAGGGCUACUUCGAAGAUCGCCGUCCCAGCUCAAACUGCGAUCCUUACGCCGUUUGCAAUGCACUUGUGAGAACAUGCCUGCUAGAUGAGUAAGUUGAUAACGCAGUUUGCCAAAUGAGAGAACGUGCGCCCAUACACAGCAGAAAUCUAAACGGAGAUGCACCGUAUUGAGAGGAGAAUAUAUUGUAUGAUUUUUAUAUAGAACAUAUUUACAUAAGUAUAUUAAUGGGCGCGCAGAAUAAACAAAAACAUAAACAUACAUACAUAUAUUUGUUGUAAGGAUUAAAAAGUUUAUUCAAAAUUUCAUUGUCAUUGUAAUGCUAAAGUAAUGUAAAAAUUGAAUAACUACCAGGCAGACUCAGUACCAGAAAUUGCAGAAAUGAUUUAUUAAAGCUGUGUUCUUUGUGGGAAAUUCCUUCGAUACUGUAAUUUAUUUAAGUUAAUUUCUUAAGGGGUGGACAAACAUGCAAAAUAUGAUGAUACGUUUAGAAUGGGAAUUCAAAUUUAUUGAUGAAUGAGGAAAGUAAGUGUUUAUUUUUAUAUAUAUGUAUAUGCAUUGUUAUGUAUUCCAUUAUGUAUAGAAUAUCUAUUUACUAUUGCUGUUUCCGCAGUACUUUUUGUAAUUAUAUUUCCCAAUUUGUUUAAGUAAAUAAAUAAACGGAAAUGUUUUCUGUAUCCGUGACAAAUGUAGAAAAACUAAAUGUUUUCGUGACAUGAUCUACAAACAUACAUACAUACAACUAUCAUUAUAAGAUAUGGAAUUCUUUUGGGACAACGACAACAAGUAGAUGACAAAUACAUACAUACAUAUGCACAUGCCUUUGGGUUUUUAUACUGCCAACAGAAUAUCCAUGCAAUAUUAUUGUAAAGUUCAGCUAAUAAAAUGAGGAAAACGAAUGACAGAAAAGCUCAAAACUUUUGAAUUUGUGAAAAAGGUAGAGGAGCUAAUCAAGUCGAAAUAAUCAAAGAUGCACAAUGCAGAAAAUAAAGAGGAACUUGUACUAAAAUUAUUAAAAUUAUUGCAAUUGUUAUGAUGAAUAGUUUACGUUAACCCAGAUGAUAAAAAUCGAUAAAGAGAAGAAUACACUAAACAAAGAAAAAAUAACAAAAAACAUUUAACCAAAUAAA